AAAGCGUUUCAGUGCACGUCCUACUUGUAAAGCUCUACGGCAGGGCGAUUUUGCGCGUUCCCGUGACUCCUCGCCAUAGAAAACAAAGCUGAACGUCUUCCAUAACAGCUAGGGGUGCAGAGUUGAGGAAUAUCUGAAAUUAACCUGGAUACAUCGUGCUGAAUAUGGAUAUACAGUGGGUGUAGCAUCGUUGGAAACCGAGCCUUCUCGGCUGGGGUGACGGCAGGACAUUAAGCGAGACUGACGAAAAUAACAUCAGUGUUUUUUUUUUCUCGGGGUGCUUUGUCUUGUCCACCUAACGAUAGCAAACCAUCAUUCCCAUUUCAAUUGCAAGAUAUUCAGCUAGUGACUACUAGCUGUCGCCGGGAUGUAUCAUUAUGUUGUCACCUAAAAGGAACUGCUAGGACGUUGGAUUGUGAAGGAUAAGCAGAAAACCUCUCCGAGGUCCCAUCGGGUUGUCACCGGGACCUGAAUCUGUGUUAGCCACAGUCGCGGAACCCACUGUUUUCGGCGAUAUGGCGGAGCAGGGCUACUCAUCUUGGGCAUACUCCCUAGUGGACUCCAGCCAGGUGUCCACCUUCCUCAUCUCCAUCCUCCUCAUCGUCUAUGGCAGCUUCAGGUCAUUAAACAUGGAUUGUGAAAACCAGGAGAAGGAUAAAGAUGGGAACCCGACAACGGGGGGUUUUAAUAACAGCAACACAAACAACAGUGAGUGUUAUAUACAAGGUAUUCAGACUAUAGACUCCACACAGGCCCUGUUCCUGCCCAUAGGAGCCUCAGUGUCUCUGCUAGUCAUGUUCUUCUUCUUUGACUCGGUACAGGUGGUCUUUACCAUCUGCACUGCAGUUCUUGCAACAAUUGCAUUUGCAUUCCUCUUGUUGCCAAUGUGCCAGUAUCUGACCAGACCAUGUGCCCCACAGAACAAGAUUUCCUUUGGCUGCUGUGGGCGUUUCACUCUGGCUGAGCUCCUGUCCUUUUCCCUCUCUGUUCUCCUGGUGCUCAUCUGGGUACUGACUGGACACUGGCUCCUCAUGGACGCUCUAGCUAUGGGCUUAUGUGUCGCCAUGAUAGCCUUCGUGCGGCUUCCCAGUCUGAAAGUUUCCUGCCUGCUGCUGUCAGGACUGCUCAUUUAUGACGUGUUCUGGGUGUUCUUCUCAGCCUACAUCUUCAAUAGUAAUGUGAUGGUCAAAGUUGCCACCCAACCUGCUGAAAAUCCCAUAGAUGUUCUCUCCAGGAAGCUCCACUUGGGACCUGGGAUGGGCCGAGACGUUCCCCGUCUCUCCUUACCUGGAAAACUGGUCUUUCCCAGCUCCACAGGAAGUCACUUCUCAAUGCUGGGAAUCGGAGACAUCGUGAUGCCGGGGCUGCUGUUGUGCUUCGUCCUGCGCUAUGACAACUACAAGAAGCAAGCCAAUGGAGAAGUCCCAAUCUCCGGACGCAUGCAGCGCGUCUCCUAUUUCCACUGCACUCUAAUCGGAUACUUUGUGGGUCUGCUGACUGCCACUGUGGCCUCCAGGAUCCAUCGUGCUGCUCAGCCCGCUCUGCUAUACCUGGUGCCCUUCACCCUACUGCCUCUGCUCACUAUGGCCUACCUGAAGGGGGAUCUGCGGCGCAUGUGGUCCGAGCCCUUCCACACCAAGACCAGCAGCUCCCGCUUCCUGGAGGUAUGAUGCACCCUGGGAAUACCGACCAGUGCGGGGAGGACUGCGGAUCCUUUACCUUUUUAUUAGAGGGAAGGAGAGAGGGCGCACUCACAGUGAGGCCAUGUUGUCAUCACUUGUUCAUGCUUUCUGCCAAUCUUCUGUGAAAACCCUCAGAAGGACAGCAGUGUGUGGAUCACAACGCCCCAACACGACUCAUCUUUGGUCCCUACAUCCUCCCCUGUUUCAUCUCCGCUUCCUCUUUUCUGUUUAUUUCCUGUUCAUUAUAGCACAUCCUGCCUGCACUGUGUUUGUUCUGCCCCCUUCCCUCUCUUCAUUCCUUUUUUCUCUUCUCUAUAGUUAGUCUCAUUUUGCCACUUCCCUCCAAAGGCCUCGUUCCAUUCGUCAGGCCUCUUGUCUCUCUCUGCGUUUUCCUACCUUUCUCUCUGCGUCUCUAAUUUUCUCUGCAUCUCUGUUUGACACCGACUCAGAUGAACUCGAGGGCCAGGCCUCCCCCUUUUUGUGGACUUAGGGUUGUGAGACAUGGCUGGGGUUUAUAUCUAUUUUUUUAGCAUUGUCGUGGUCAUUAUUAUUAUUAAUAUUAUUAUUAUGGAACGAUUUAAACAAACGGAGAAGAGGCGGAGUGUUGCAGUGGCACAGGACGUUGCUCGGGAGCAGCAACACAGUGAAGGAGAAGAGUCUUCCCCCUCCAUCCGUCACCCCCCCCUUCCCGCCCCCUGCUUUUCUCAUCUGUCCCAUCAUCCCACCACACCACAAUGGCUUCUUCCCAGCGCUCCCUGACACUCCUGCGAGCCCCGCCCUCCUCCUCUCUGUCCAUCUGCUGUCCCCAUUCCCCGCCCUCACAGAUAACUAUGUAUUUUAUUUAGAAAAGUUUUAUUCUUGGCAUAUACAGAAAUGAUGCAUUAUAAAUUGUUAAGCUGCCCCCAGCGUUUGAGGGGCUGCUUCUAUUUGUAUAUAUGUGUAUUUGCGGUAUUUUGAGUUUGUAUUUGUGUUCGGGAGCAUGUUGAACAGUGUGGGAAACUGACAUCAGCCAACAGCCGAAUAUUGGUGAAUUCUGUCGGCCAGUUGUCAAGUUGACUGGUGAGCAUCCAUCAUUUAGAGGUUGUUUUCUAAAGUUCGUUGGCUUGUGUUAUAGAAACAUAGCUGAUGGAUCUUUGGUUAGAAAAAAAUGGCUGGUUGAUGACAAACUUAGUUUCCUGUGUGUGUGUGUGUGUGUGUGUGUGUGUGUGUGUGUGUGUGUGUGUGUGUGUGUGUGUGUGUGUGUGUGUGUGUGUGUGUGUGUGUGUGUGUGUGUGUGUGUGUGUGUGUGUGUGUGUGUGUGUGUGUGUGUGUGUGUGUGUGUGUGUGUGUGUGUGUGUGUGUGUGUGUGUGUGUGUGUGUGUGUGUGUGUGUGUGUGUGUGUGUGUGGAGUGAAUGAUUGUUUUACUUGCUUUUAAUUUGAUUCAUGAAAUGUUAAAAAAAACAAUGACAAUAGUCAGGUUUCCAUUGAGCUGGGCGUGUUGGAGCAAACGUUGUCAUGAACACAUGACAAAUGGAAACGGUUUGUGUCUAAUGUACAAAUUUACAAAAACUCCACAGGGGUCCAUUUUCUUUUUAACUGUCCUUCUGCGGACAGAUGGAAAUGUAAGCAGUGUUUGGUUUUUUUUCAAAUAAAUGAAUGUUGAAUUAAUUUUAAGGUAUGCUAUGUUACUUUUUAUCAUGGAACAACACCGUACAUCAUGCUGGGUUUUCUACCGAAUUUCUUUUGUGCACAACCUAAAUCUACACGUAUUUAAGGCCACGUUAACACUAAAAGCAUCUUAUUUAAGACAAGUAUAAUGUCCGAGCAUGAUGAUAUGAGAUCACUUUUUAUACGUUUUGACAAGUGGAACAGCACAACAGCACAUUUUACCUGAACUUCACCUCAGUUGAUGAACACCUGACUAUUGUGAAAGUUUGGACUCAAAGCCUGAAGAUGAGGGUUAAGUGUGUGUGAGUGUGUGUCAUCAUCACAUUAUAAAGUCUGUAUGGAUUUAGGGAGGGGAGAAAAUCAGUCAUGCCCCUCAGAAAUCCAAAAUGGAUAAAAGAAAAUAACUCAUAGGAUGUUUUUCUGUCACUCUUUGGUCCCUGACAGUCUUACAAUCUUUUUUAUUGUCCUUCCACUUUUUUGUGGUGCUUGUCAGUUAAUAUCUAAUGUAUACUGGAAAAAGUGUGAGUGAUCACACGGCAGGAAGUCGAAGAGACCUACGGACGACGCAGUUUGCUGGCUUUUUGUUUUCUUUUUUUACUUUUUUAUGCUAUCUGGCCGUGCAUGUUAUGUGUACAGUGUAUAAUUUUUCAGACUGCAUCGACUGGGCUACAGCAGUUUUGAGUCUCUGCUGGCCCACACCAAGGCACUGGACCUAUGAGCUGAGCUGGCCUACAAACAGCCGCGUCAGUGGGUGGGACAAAAGCUGCAGGUCAGAAAGACUGCCAGGGUCAGCGCUGACUGGUUCUCUGAAGCUGAAUAUGAAUAUGACCUGAACGCUGUCAGGUUGGGAUGUCUAAACAUGGACAUCAUGGAACCACAAGCCCCCUUCUCCCCUUCAUGGACAUGGCAAGGAAAUAUAUAGAUUUAUAUACAUAUAUAUACAUAUAUAUGUGUGUAUAUGUACAUACAUAAAUAACUGAUGACGAUCAUGGUGACAACAAAAAUGUUUUUUUUAUAUAGAAAUUGGAUUUCUUUUUACCCCCCCUUGUUUGUAUUUGUUUUUCUUUAGUGCUUUAGUUUUAUGUUUUAUUUCCACCUCUCCUCCCCUCUGGCAGAGUACUCAAGCUCUGUUGGUGCGUUGAUAUUACAGCUGAAUGGAUUCUGUAUAGAAAAAUGGUGAAUAAAUAAAUUAAGAACUGUGUAGUGAAACAUGAAUCCUGAAGCGCUUCAUCUAAAACACUUUGUCUCCUUUUAACCCGCUCCCUCUGACCCUUUUUCCCCUUGUUCAGGAUUCUGCUGUAAAUAAACAUGACUCUAACUGUAA